GCACUGCUCCGUACGUGUUUUUAUUCUCUUGACAUGAUGCCACGAAAGGUAAUUCCAAAAAAGUAAUUGAUCUAAAUAGGACUAAAAGAUAAAAUUAAUACAAGUAUAGGAUCAUAUGUUUUUUUCUUCCCAAAAUAAGACCUUUUUUUAAUUUUAUUCCUAUCUUAACCCUACUGAUAUUUUAUACCGUUCUCGUUUUUUUGCAGCACACCACUCCUUUUUUUUCUCCACUCUCUUUCCUUUUUCUUUUCCCUACCCCCAUCACGUCUCAUCUGCCAGAGUGCCAGCCCACCCUUAUGACAGUCCACCCUCCUCCACUCAUUUUUCUCUCUCACAUCCCCCACAUCUCCCUAUGACCUCAUAUUUCCAAACUUCUCUUUCUCUUUCGUCUCCCACCAACCUUCCUCAUAAGAAAUUCAUAGAUUCAAAUUAAUUUUUCCUGCAUCUCUCUAGCAAAUUCCAGAGAGUCCGACAAUGAUUCCUCUCUCAUCUCCGACCAAUUUUUUCUCUUCCGGCAAUCCGGUGAACUCUUGUAGUCCUGUUGAAUAUGAAAGGAGGUAGCUUAUCCGAGGGUUAUUACGGGGAAUAACUAGAGAGAAGUCAGAGCAAGUAAGUAGAGAGAGAAAGUAUAUUAGCAAGUAUUCAACGUGUUGUGACUUGUGACUUGUGGCUUGGUUACAAAUGGGGAAAUGAGGUGCUAUUUAUAGUAGCAAUAAAUGCCGGAUAGAGACACGUGUCAAGCGUCCAUUGGCCGAGAGGUCACCUCAACCGGUUGGCACUGGCAACUGCAUGUGGCCGCAUUUAAUGCGGCUGUUGGAUGGGACGUUGUACAGGGUACGGUGAUCCAUACGCAUGUGGAGCGGAUAUUAUGUCGGGAAAGGUGCCCUCGGCUGUAGAUGACUAGCCGAGGGCUCUGAGUACCGGGGACCCCCUUAGUGCCGAGGGCUCCAGUUGCCGAGGGCUACUGCUUUUCGCCGUUUUUCCCAGUAACUUUGUUUUUCCUGUCUUGGCCCUCCUGUGAGAGUUAGAGCCUUCGGCCAGGGGGCCGAAGGCACCCCUGGUGCGCAUUGUGGGCUGCUUGGUGUCUUGGGCGCCGUGAUUUGGGCCUGUUGUGCUUCCUGGGCCUAUUGGGCCUUUAUUGGAGUAGUAGGAGUCUGUGGGCCGGGGGUUCCCGGGCCAUAUACUCUAUCAGGAGUCCCUCACUCCUUUUGCCGAAAGAUACUUGAGGGAAAAGGAGUAAUUGUGUUUGUCCUCUGCUGUUGUUCCGUCGUAGUUUGUAGAGUUAUGGGUAGUUUGCUGUUUGUUUAUUCUGUUGAGGGCAGUCCCUCAGUUACCCACAUGUCGGGACUUGAGGGGUCAUGUUUGUGAUUUUUGUGAUUUUUCCCGAGGGGGUCCUCCAGUCCCCCACUCCUUGAGGCACUUGCAAAGUGGUGAAAAGGAGUAGAGUAGUUGCGUUGCUGUUUUGGGCCGAAUGCUGACGCUUUUCGUUUCAUUUUGGGGGGAUGCCUCGUUAAAAACCUCAUUAGGAAAAAACCCUGUGGGAAAAAAUCCUAAUGAGGGAAAAAGAGUGCACCGAAUUCCCCCAACGAUGAAUCGAAAAUGUGAAACCUUGGUUCGAAAUGGAGAAUAAUGCUGAUGCCGAAGGCUUUCCUUGUUCUGAGGGCUCAUGUGUUGAUUAGCCGGAGGCGUGCUGUUGAUUUCGUGGAAGGUGCCGAAGGGGAGUCCCUCAAUCUGGGGAUCGAGGGCGUCAUGAAUGUGAGUAGCAGUUGAAGUGUUACUGGGGUGUCCCCUGUUUGUUGAUUAGUUGGUGAGGAGGGUAUCCGAGGGCUCCCGUUACCUGUGUGCCGUAGGCUAUCCGUCAAUGAGGCAUACUCCCCGGGGGCUACCCGGCCCUCAAAGUGCUGAGGGGGGAUCCCCGAGGGGGUGGCCUGAUAUGAAGCCUUGGGCUUCUGAAGGAGUGAUCCCGAAGGCAUCUGUUAUGUAGUGUGUGGGGCACAAACCGGGAGUGUCUCCGGGUAAGUGUAGUGGAGUGAAGUAAAAAAGCCCGGGGGCUAGUUUAUUGGUUGAUGGAAGAGUGGUCAGUCAAGUGUAGCCGGGAGCUCCCAGAAUAUAGCCGUUGGAAAUAUAGCUGUUGGAAUUUCUAACGUCAGAAUAUAGCCGUUGGGGGGGGAGGGGGGGGGGGGGUUGCCACGUGGUGUGUGCUCGUUGGCUGUCCGUGGGCGGGCGUCACCGAUUGGGCGAAACCACGGUUUGUAAUGAUGGCAGUCCAACCGGAGGCCCGGUUUCCAGGCCCAAGCCCGGAUCCCAGCGCCUAUAAAUACCCCAUGGCCGGCUUCCCCUCCCCUUGUGCGAUAUCAUUGUAGCGAAGCUCUGCCCAAUUUUCUAGAGAGAGAAAAUCCAGCCUUCGGUGUAUUCCCAGCUUUUAAGGUUAGUUCCCCCCUGCUCUUCUCCUCCUAGUUAGCUGUGCACUGUGCCUUUAGGCUAGGAGUUAGAACUUAAGAAAACUCUAGUGUUUCCGAGCCCUCGAACUAGUGCAAAGAUGUCUUCCCAAAGUGAUUCCCAGGACAUCUCGGGGGCGCCCUCGAUGGAGGAUGAAGUCAUCUCGGACGUGGAGUCCACAAGCGAACAACCCUCAGCAGGACAAGACGCUGUCGUCGCCAUGGAGUUGCAGAAAGCCCUUGUUGCUGAGGCGGAAGCCGAGGGCUUCGAACAAGAGUGUGAAGACGAAGAGCUGGCCCUCGCCUGGCAAGUAGUUGAGGAAGAGGCGCAGAAAGAGGGCGUGAGGGUCACUGUUGCUGUUCUCCCCCCUCGGGGCACUGGCGAGGCCAGCACCUCUCGGCCGCUGAACGCGGUUCCCAUCCGGGUGGCCCCCGGAAAAAAGAAGGCGAAGGUUGCUGCCCCCGAGAAGAAGGGCAGCGUUGCAGACCAAGGGAAGCCCCUCGAUAUGCCUGAGGGGUAUUCCUACUUGAAUAUCGCCGCCUUAGAGAUAAGGUCAAAAGCGGAUGCGGCGGAUCUCUAUGUCACUCAAUUACACGUGGGCCCCUCGGGCAUCGUGGUGGCACCGGGUCCCGAUGACGUCCUCUCCCGGGCUCCCGAGGGCUGCAUUGCGGUGCACAGCCUCUCCGUGUCGAUGGGGCUCCGGUUCCCCCUACACCCCUUCCUCCGGGAGUACCUCCGGUUCGUGGGUUUGGUCCCCUGCCAACUGACCCCGAACAGCCAUUCCUACAUCACGGGCUUCCUCCAGCUCUGGAAAUCCCGGGGGGUAACACCUAGCCUGGAUCUGUUCUUCCAAAGUUUCAACCUGUGCCGGGGGGACAUGCGAAUGCCGAGGGCUUCGCAAACUUGCAGCAAGUGGCAUUGUUCAAGCUUUUUACUGAGGCGCCCUCCUCGAACAAAGGGUGGAAAGACCGGUGGUGUUACGUUAAGUUGUCCGAGAGCCCCUUUCCGAGGGAAUUGCGUGACCGGUUUAGGAGGCAUGAGAAGAGGAGGAGCGCCGCCCUCGAGAAAGAUGGCAGGAUCCUGGCAAAGAUCCCGGAGGGCCGGGACAAAAACAUAACCAUCAAGGAGUGCACCCAAGAGGAGGACCUCUACACCCUCAGGUUCCGGCGGUAUCGCUUCCUGGGGGAAACAGAUGAAAAGUUCCCGGCAUUGGAGGGAGCCUCCGGAGGUAGUGGCUGAGGGCACCCUCAUUUUCGUAUUUUAGCACAUAGUUUGUUUGUUGUUUGUUUUUUUUUCCUGUGCCAUCUCUUAGUGACCCCUCGGUUUUAACCCCAUAUUGUUUUGCAGGUAUCUCGGUCAAUAUGAUGAACGUCCGAGGACUUGCUGACCUCAAGAAGAAGAAAUCUUCCAAGGUGCCGAAGGGGACAGAUGCUGGCGUCCCUAAGCCCGCCGGUGACUUCUUUAAGAAGCCAGGGGGGCCGUCGGCGGCCCCAAAUACUGAUGCUGCUGCUGCUGCCAAGAGAAAAGUUGGGGGCAAGGCUCCCGAGGGCAAAAGGCCGAAGACGGGGGAUGUCGGGAAGAAAGGUCCCCCCGUGGUUAUUGUUGACGAUUGUCCCGCCUCCGGGACGCAUGAUGAGGAGAUGACGGUGGCAGAGGUGCCGGGGGGUGUCCGCGAGCCAUCUUCUGAGGUCCUGACGGUUUCCCUCCCGGUAGGAACGACCGUGAUGAAUUGCACGGCUGACCCGAGGGUGCUUCUGAGGGGUAUGACCCCUGAGAUUGACAGAGCAGCCCUCGGGGCUGAUGAUGACCAAGCCCUUGAGGACAAGAUCCUCCGGUCUUCCCUCACGACCUGCAUUGCCCUCGGAGAGCAGGCCCGGAGGCUAGAGGAGUGGCGUUUUCGCAAGGCCGAGCAGGAUGCCAAGAUGCGGGAGCUCAUCCGCCAGAAUUCUGAUGCCAUCCGGCGGAUGGCUAUGCUGGAGAAGAGCCUUCGGCAGAUGACCCUGCGGGCGGAGGCCGCAGACCGGGGCAAGGCCGAGGAUGAGAGGUCCGCAACUGAGGCCCUUGAGAGAGCUGCUAGGGAGGCCGAGGCCGCCAAGGCGGAGGUCGUCGAGAAAGCCCGAGGGGACGCCAUCUCUGGUUUCUUGGCAGGGGGGUGGCGGGCAGAGGAGCACAAGCAAUGGCUGUCCUCGGUUGUCGAGUCCUCGGUCGACGAGUGGUGCGAUGGGCCCGGUGUGGAGUGGGUUUCCCGAAAGGGUAAACAGUACUAUGAUGGGGGCGAGUUUUUCACUCAAGCCCUUAUCUACCGGAGGAUGGCCCGCCACCUGAAGAUUGAGCAAAAGGAUUUUGACCCGACAGCGUACGGACUUCCCCCCUGCAGCCAGAUGUCCGUGUUCCUCUCCCCUCCAAUGUCGAGAGGCCAGACUUGGAGGACACCGAGCUGAUGAAGGAGGCCGAGGGUGACGAACCUGAGGCCGAUACAGAGGUUACUUCAAAGCCCUCGGAGGAGACGGCCCCCGGGGAUGUUAAUAUGUAGUUUUUUAUUCAACAUGUUUUGAACAAUCUGGCUGUAAUGAGUGGUUGUAUGCCCUCGGCCUUCGGCCCUCUGUAAUGUACAUUUGAAUUUCUUUGCCUUGAUGAAUGAGUACAUGCCUUCGGGCUUUUGGUAUAUAAUGUGUUUCCCUUGAA